AUGUCAUCUAAUCGAAAGCAGACAUCGCUAUUUUCGUUCUUCUCAAAAGCUAAUGUUGGUGCUAAGGAAGAUGGCUCAUCAUCACGUCCAACAGUACCCCCGGAAGUGAUGAAACCAAGAGAAAACGUUCUCGUGGAUGAUAUGAGCAAAGGUCUAGCUCAAAAGUGGUCAAAAAAAUUGCAAAAAGAUGGAAUUGACACACCUAAGCGAUGCGCUGAUGAAGAAGAUCUUGCAUGUUCACCGAUAAAGAGUAGCACCACUCCGAAACGUCGUCGUGUCGUGCUCUCAUCUGAUUCAGAGUCCGAUAAUGAUGCGACUGCAGACGGUCGAAAUGCAAAUCAAACGGAAACUGUUCGUAUGUCCUCUCCACAAGACUCCCGUCAGCCAGAGCCUCGAACUCCCACUCUUUUUAGGAAUUCUGACCGUCGUACAUCCACACCGCGUUCAGCAGCGAGAGGUGCAACAACGCGUUAUACUGUCAGCGGUAUUGCUCAGUCUUUCAUCGACUCUUUCCGUGCCAAUGAAGAAGACAUGGAUGUGUCAAACGUUUCAACAUCUACACUCGACCGAACCAUUUAUCAAGUGAAUGAACACCAGUCAAAUGACGUGUCAAAGAAGGAAACAAAGAAGGCUAUUAUUGAUGAUUGUGAGAGUGAACGUUUUCCGCAUCUGGAUUUUGAAUUUCUGCAGCCGAAUAAAAUACGCGAUGCGGAUGGACGACGUACCACCGAUCCAGAUUAUUGCCCAAGGACUUUGUAUGUUCCCGAUGCUUUUCUCAAGCAACAAACUCCUGGACAUCGUCAAUGGUGGUUAGCGAAAUCGGCCUAUUUUGAUACAGUACUCUUCUUCAAAGUUGGCAAAUUUUAUGAAAUGUAUCAUAUGGAUGCUGUUAUUGGUGUUGAAAAUCUUAAUUUAACUUAUAUGAGAGGAAAAUUUGCACACUGUGGUUUUCCUGAAGUGGCAUACGGUCGUUUUGCGGAUCAGUUGGUAAGUCGAGGCUAUAAAGUGGCACGUGUUGAACAGACUGAAACACCGAGCCAAUUGGAAGAACGUAACAAGGUGGAAAUGAAUCGAGAAAAGGUUGUUAGACGUGAAAUCUGUCGAAUAACAUCGGCUGGUACGCGCACAUAUGGCGUAUUGGACUCAUGCGAUGGUGAUUGUGCUCUUGAUGCUAUUGAAUCUACAGCACGUCAUUUAUUAGCUUUUGUUGAGAAGAUUUCACCAAAUGAAUCAACUACAUAUGGCGUUUGCUUUAUCGAUACAUCAGUUGGCCAUUUUUAUAUUGGUGAAUUUGUUGAUGACAGUAAUCGGUCGUCGAUAAGAACGCUCUUUGCACAUUAUCAGCCCUCACAGAUACUAUAUCAACGCGGUCGUAUUUCAUCAGCCACUCAAUCGUUGUUGAACAGUGUUGCGAGUGCUGUUAUUAAAGAAGCGUUAAUUCCGAAUAAAGAAUUCCCGGAAGCUGAUUGUGCACUCAAAAUGUUGGCAAAUAAAUUAUACUUGGGUGAUUCGGUGCGUGAAUGGCCACAAGUAGUUCGUGAUAUGUUAGUGGAUGCGAAUGCGUUGAACCCACAAUGUGCACCUCAAUUUCGAGAAGCUAUGGCUGCUUUGGGUGCAGUCUUAUGGUAUCUAAAGAGAAGUCUUAUCGAUGUGGACAUGAUUACGAUGCACCAGUUUGACAAAUAUAUUCCACCAUCACUUGAGAGUCGUCAAGGAUCAAAGGACUCGCAGCGUAUGAAUGAUGAAAAUCGUUUUUAUUAUAAUAUUUGCCAGAACGCGGAAACAAAAGAAGAUUACUGGCGUGGCCGACGACUUGUGCUGGAUGGCGUUUCUCUUUACAAUUUGAAUAUUGUACCUCCUUUGGAUAGUGUUCGAAAUACUGGAUUACGAGAUCCGACUUCAUCCAAAUAUUCGCUAUACAAUACGAUCAAUAAAUGCAUGACACCAUUUGGUAAACGUCUUCUGCGGCAGUGGGUAUGUACGCCAUCGUGUGAUGCUGAUGUUCUUCGUUCAAGACAAGACGCAAUCGAAUGGUUGAUGAGUUCACAUAUUAAAGCCUUUGUGCUCAAAGCAACCGACAUAUUACGCAAGAUACCUGAUCUGGAGCGAAUCAUUCAAAAGAUUCACACACUCGGUUUGAAAUAUCGUUCAACUCAACAUCCUGACGGUCGAGCGAUUAUGUUUGAACCGUUGCGUUAUAAUCGUCGAAAAAUUGGGGAUUUAUUAGCAGCACUGUCGGGUUUUGAACAGGCCUUUGAGCUGGUGAAGCUUUAUCGUGGAUUGCAGUCGGAUACGCAGCCGUGUUCGAGUCUGGUGGAAAGAUGCUUUGGAACGUCUUUUCCAGAUAUUUCUAGUGAUCUUAAUCACUUUCGAGAAGCAUUCGAUCAUAAAAAAGCACGAGAUGAAGCAAUGAUCGUUCCCGAGAAAGGUGUGGAUCGUGAGUAUGAUGAAGUGAUCGAAAAUGUUAACGACUGCAAACGUAAUCUCGACGUUUAUCUACUCACCAUCAGAAAACGUCUUGGUUGUACAAACAUCCAGUAUUUUGGCACUGGUAGAUCGCGUUAUCAAAUCGAAAUACCCGAGUCGAUUGCUAAGAAUCUCGGCAAUGAAUUCGAGUUGAAAUCUUCAAGGAAGGGUUAUAAACGUAUGGUCACCGAUGAAUCGAUAAGACUUUUUGAGAUACUGGUUGCAGCCGAAACAAAACGCGAUGUGAUUCGUCAUGAUCUCAUGCGGCGAGUUUUUGCCGAUUUCGAUUCACGGGCAGCUAGAUGGACUUCAGUUGUAGAACGUGUGGCCAUUUUUGAUGUGUUAAUUUCGUUGGCUCGUUAUUCACAAAGUUCAGGGUUGGAAAUGUGUCGACCAGAAUUCGUUUAUGAUUCAAAUAAGUCAUUAUUGGAUAUUCAAGCGGGUUAUCAUCCAUGUUUGGCUGCAAAGAUGUGUGCCGCACGCGAAGAAGAAUCAAAUAUCAGUUAUAUUCCUAAUGAUACUCUAUUGGGUGGUGAUCAUCCACUAACAAUGCUUCUUACCGGACCGAAUAUGGGAGGCAAAUCGACAUUGAUGCGUCAAGUAGCAGUACUCGUCGUACUUGCUCAAAUUGGGAGUUUUGUGCCCGCAAAGAGAAUGCGACUUUCACCAGUGGAUCGAAUUUUCACUCGAAUCGGCGCAAACGAUCGUAUUUAUGCAGGACAAUCAACAUUUUAUGUGGAACUGAAUGAAACAAAGAUUGUGUUGAACAAUGCGAGUGCACAUUCAUUGGUUGUAAUGGAUGAGCUGGGAAGAGGUACAAGCACGUAUGAUGGAACAGCGAUAGCGUAUGCAGUGUUACGUGAUCUUGCUGAACGAGUGCAGUGUCGAACAUUCUUUUCAACGCAUUACCACAAUUUAUGUAGUGCAGUUCGUAGUAUACCCAAUAUCAAAUUGGCUCAUAUGGCAUGCGUAGUGGAUAACGAAAACGAGGUGGAUCCAACGCUUGAGAAUGUCACCUUUUUGUAUACGCUAUCUGAUGGUAUAUGCCCCAAAUCGUAUGGCUUUUUCGCGGCCAAAGUAUCUGGUAUCAAACCUGAGGUGAUUCGAAACGCAUUCAGUGCUUCGCAAUUACUCAGUGAAUGUCCAUCCAAGAAAUUGUCACGUUUGCAUGAACUCAUUAAAGCGGCUAAGAGUGGAUGUGGUGUUGAACAGCUGUCACGUAUGAUUGCUGCGAUGUGA